GCUGCUGGAGGAGAGAAGAAGGAGCAUCUGUACAAGAUCUUGGUCAUCGGGGAACUGGGCACAGGGAAGACCAGCAUCAUCAAGAGAUACGUCCAUCAGUUCUUUUCCCAGCACUACAGAGCCACUAUUGGCGUAGACUUUGCCUUAAAGGUGUUGAACUGGGAUGUAGACACGCUCAUCAGGUUGCAGUUAUGGGAUAUUGCAGGGCAAGAGAGGUUCGGCAACAUGACACGUGUGUACUACAAAGAGGCUGUGGGUGCUUUUGUGGUGUUUGACGUGACCCGGGCAUCGACAUUUGAGGCGGUCACCAAGUGGAAGAACGACCUUGACAGCAAAGUCCAACUGGGCGAUGGUACUCCUGUUCCAUGUGUGCUGCUGGCAAACAAGUGUGAUCAAGCAAAAGAAGGUCUGGUGAAUAAUGCAUCACAGAUGGAUGAAUUCUGUAAAGACAAGGGCUUCAUUGGCUGGUACGAGACCUCGGCCAAGGAUAACAUCAACAUUGACGAAGCAGCAAGAUUUCUGGUCACAAAGAUAUUAGAAAAAGACAAAGCGAUCGGAGAAGAAGACAGGGAUCGAGAUCGGGUUGUGCUGGACUCUAAUGACGUCACCAGUAAACCAGAGAAAAAGAUAUCAUGCUGCUGACCGAGGGAUAUUUGAGGGUUUCCUGUUUUUAAAAGGUUGUUUGUCGUCAUGGAUGAGAUAUCGGUAUCCUAGUUGUGUUUUUUUACAAGUAUUGUGCAUGAAUAAUAAUAACUGUUGACCAAAAAGGAUCAUUCCACCGUGUGAUGAGCUUUUUUUAGUACGAAACCACUACACAGAAUAUUUCUUAACAACAUCUAUGGCCUGUAUGAUUGUUCUGUAUGCCCCAAUGUGUUUGCCUCUAUUAUGAAACGGACUUCUUUAUUAAUUGUUUUGCAUAAUGAAUUCAGAGAGAAAGUCGAAAUUUUUAUUGUCUUUUGUACUGAGUAGAUGUUUUUGAACCGUUUGCUUUUCUUUGGUGCUAUGGUUUCUUUUGCAGAAGGUAGGCUACAAACUUUUGUCUCUGAGGGAUUUACUAUUGUUUUCUCUAUCAAACAGAUAUUAGAGAGAAAGCCAAAAAAGAAAUAAAAGGGUUUUUUUUAAUCAGUAAAAAUACUGUUUCUGUCAGUUUGGUGCAUAGAAACAUUCUGAAAUUGACUGUAUCAGCAAAUGUAAUUCUCAGAUAUUUAUGCCUGUUAUUUUGUUUUGUUUUAAGUUGGGUUUUUUUCUAGCCUCAAAACUUACUUGCGCACUGACUCAUCGUGUGUUACUGUUUAUAAUCUGGUAAUAUCUAUAAAUCUUUUCAUGGGGGAGGUUGGCGGGUGCUAUGAUGUGCUUUGCGCCUCUCUCCUAUCAAACAUAUAUUGUCCUCAUCUCUCCAUCUUCUUUUCUUUGUAUGUUACGCUCUAGUAAAAGCUCUAAUCCUUGGCACUUGCAUCCCUUGACUGUGUUGCAAGUGCCAUAAAACUCUUACUAAAACUUAAACUAAAGUUUAUCUUUGUCCGAUGUUGCUCUGCUCUCACAUUCAGAAACCUAAGUCUGUGGAAAUGUCAGUUGAGGACUUGGGGCUAGUGGUCAGACAAGUAGUUUUCCAAGGCAAACAAAGCAUCAGCGCCUUCCCACAGUUGCUGAAAUAAAAACUCUGGGGGUUUCCAAAUGUGAUCUGCUGUAAAAGACCUACUCAAACAAAACAAACAAACAAACGCAGAUAUGAUUGCUGUUCAAAUAAAGACAUCAAGGGGUGUCUUGUAGUCUAAUUUUGUUGUAUUUCUUUAUUUCUUUACAAAUAUUUAACAGGGGAAAAAAUACCCAUGUCAUGAUUCUAAUAUUUGGGCAAUCUUUUUUUCUUAAAUUUUCUCAAAACUUCAAAAAAA